GCUGAGUAGUUGAUGCUGGAUCUCCGAGCAGCAGCAGCAGCAGCAGCAGCAGCAGCAGCGGCUCCGUCAGUCCGUCGCUGCAGUCCGACAGAGCGGCCAGUCAUCAACAUCCGCCGGAGCGCCUGUAACGCUAUGUGGCUCUGAAGCGACGGGAGAACGGAGAGGCUCCACAGCCGCCGGGUCACGACUGCGGCAAGCAUCCAACGGACAAUGAGGACACCCGCCGCCGCGACUCCCUCCGAAAGGCGCACCGGGAAUUGUGGCUGGCGUCGAUUUUCACCGAGCAAAUGAGAAAGGAGAAUCGUCAUGACCCUGCUGACUCGUCACUCCUCCACUGAGGGACCUCGGCUCGUUUUGGUUUCCGGAUUUACCAACGCAGGGAUGAGAUAAUAAAGCCAACCAGCCGGUCGGUGCAUGCUGCUACAACAACACCUGUGGCACCCGUAGAAACCCACACCCCCCCCUUCCCUCCCCUCGAGUUGAUUUGGUUUUCCGACACUGGAAACAUGACGACGCCGGCUCUCCUGCCACUGUCGGGCCGCAGGAUACCCACUCUGUCGCCGGGCGCCUCCUCUUUCCCGCAUCACCGGGCGACGUUGAGGCUGUCCGAGAAGUUCAUCCUCCUCCUCAUCCUCAGUGCCUUCAUCACCUUAUGCUUUGGGGCCUUCUUUUUCCUCCCGGACAAUUCCAAGCACAAGCGGUUCGACCUGGGCUUGGAGGACGUGCUCAUCCCUCACAUUGACACGCCCAAAGAGGGGAAGCACGCCUCGGGACAGGUGAUCAUACAUGGACAGGGAGGACACGACGAGCACAGACACAGGGAGGAGGAGGAGAGCCUGCGAGACAAGAUCCGCGCCGACCACGAGCGAGCGCUGCAGGAGGCCAAGGAGAAGCUGCGGAAGUCACGCGAGGAGCUGCAGGCGGAGAUUCAGACGGAGAAGAACAAAGUGAUGGAGGACCUGAAGAAGAAGGACCCGGGGCCCAAGCCGCUGCCGCCCGUCCCCAUGCCCAAGGUGGUGGGCGUGAGCGACGGGGAGCCGCCGGAGCCCGACGUCAAGGAGAGACGCGACAAGAUCAGAGAGAUGAUGAAGCAUGCGUGGGACAGCUACCGGCAGUACGGCUGGGGUCACAACGAGCUGAAGCCCCUCGCCAAGAAGGGACACUCCACCAACAUCUUCGGUAAUUCUCAGCUGGGUGCAUCCAUCGUGGACGCUCUGGACACUCUGUACAUCAUGGGUCUGCACGACGAGUUCAAGGACGGCCAGGAGUGGAUCGAACAGAACCUGGACUUCGGCGUGAAUGCCGAGGUGUCGGUGUUUGAGGUCAACAUUCGGUUUAUCGGAGGACUGUUGGCGGCCUACUACCUCUCCGGCCAGGAA